UCCGUGGGUUGGUUUAAAGGCUCUUGCACUAAUCACGUUAGAGUCGGUGACCGGGAUAGGCUGGGAGUGCGCGCGGUCCGGCACGAGAAUAGCCGACAGGAAACUCUACGUGGACUACAAAGGAGCACGAGCAGGCGUCGCUAUCACGCGAAUGACGAGAAGAUUGCGCGAGGAGGACACCGGUAGCGUGCGGGCUUGGAUCUGACCGAAGUUCAGCCGUUCACAGCAAACUUUCAGGAGUCAUGCCCCGAAGAAGCGUUAACGACGUCACCGUCCAGGACGUGCAGAAGAGGAGAAACCCCAGCAAACAUUACGUUUACAUCAUCAAGGUGUCCUGGUCUGAUGGGAGCAAUGAGGUCAUUUACAGGCGCUACAGCAAGUUCUUUGACUUACAGAUGGAGCUCUUGGAUAAGUUUCCUGUGGAGGGGGGGCAGAAGGAUCCCAAACAGAGAAUCAUCCCUUUCUUACCAGGGAAAAUUCUGUUCAGAAGGAGUCACAUCAGGGAUGUGGCCAUGAAACGCCUGGGUCCCAUCAAUGAAUACUGCAGGGCCUUAACCCAGCUGCCUCUGUACCUCUCCCAGUGUGAAGAAGUGCGUCUGUUCUUUGAGACACGCCCUGACGACCUGAACCCACCUGUGGAGGAGCCCAUCGGAAAAAAGAAACCAGGCAUUGUGGAGAGAGCAGCUUCUUUCCUAAAGCAAGGAGGAGACUCUGCCUCCACAGACCCUCUGCUCCUGGACCAGUACGUGGCCGUGUCUGACUAUGAGAAGCAGGAAAGCUCUGAGAUCAGCCUUCACGUGGGCCAAGUCGUGGAAGUCAUAGAGAAAAAUGAAUCAGGCUGGUGGUUUGUGAGUUCCGAGGAUGCCCAGGGCUGGGUGCCAGCUACCUGUCUGGAAGCUCAGGACGACCCGGACGACUUCUCCCUGCCUGCAGAGGAAGAAGAGAAGUACACGGUGUUGUACCCAUACACGGCUCGCGAUCAAGAUGAGUUUGAUUUGGAGAAGGGCAUGACUGUGGAGGUCAUCCAGAGAAAUUUGGAAGGCUGGUGGAAAAUCAGGUACCAAGACCAGGAGGGCUGGGCUCCAGCGUCCUACCUGAAAAAGGCUGACAUCCUCAGCCAGAAAGCGUCUGCCGGAGGUGCUGCUCACGCAAGCACCAAUGACCUUGACGGGGUUGGCAGGCAGCAGGCUGCUAGCAAGGAGAACAAGGAAGACCAGAGAGAACGUUUCUCGCCCUUCUCGGAAUUCAAGCUAAAAGCAGGAGCCAGACAGAGACCCCCCCCUCGACGUGACCUUUCAAUCCCCCGGGGAAUGCACCUUCCCACACCGCCGCUGCCCCCACAGGUAGAAGAAGAGUACUACACCAUUGCUGACUUUCAGACAACUAUUCCUGAUGGUAUCAGCUUCCAAGCAGGAGUCAAGGUUGAGGUGAUCGAGAAGAACUCCAGUGGCUGGUGGUACAUUCAGAUCGAAGACAAGGAAGGUUGGGCCCCUGUUACCUUUUUGGACAAAUACAAGAAAACCAGCAGUGCCUCCAGGCCUAAUUUUUUAGCCCCUCUGCCUGGUGAGAUGGCGCAGAUGAAAGUAGAGGAUGACCCAAGCAAUGGCACAGAAGACAACUGGUCCAAACCCCUUCCAGAUGAGCCUUCUUCCACUGCUGACUUUGUCACACGUCCCAAACUGAGAGACUGGAAGUCCAGUGGUGUGAAGAGCAGCUCCCCCUUCUCUGGGCCGUUACCCCCUGCUCCUUCCAUACCUCCUGCAGAGGAGAAACCAGCCCUACCACCAAGGAGAGAGUCCAUUAAUAAGAGCCUGGAAUUAGAGGAAAAGUCCAAAUCCGAUCUCUCCAAACCACUAGCCCCAAAACCCCUAGUUCCUGGGGCCAUCAUGCCCUGUGUGCCUCCUAAAGCAGCUCCAAUCAAACCCAAUAAGCCCCCAGAACCAAAGAAAGAUGAAAAGGUUCUGCCCUUGCGCAAUGAGAUGGGCUUGGAGUGUGGACACAAGGUCUCAGCCAAGGAGGUGAAGAAGUUCAACCUGAAGCCUGUGUCCAAGCAACCAGCAAAGUCAAAGUCUGAUGGCCAAGAAGAGAAGACAGAUUCCAUCAGCCCUGUGGCUCUUCUCAAGCCAAAGCCAGUUCUCAGACCAAAGCCGGCACCGUCGGCCAAACCAGAACUCCAAAACAAGAACGAGCUGGACAUCAUAAACCUUCGAAGCAAGCUGCGGCCACCUAAACCUGCCGAGUCCACCUUCAGUUCUGGAGAUUCUAGUCAGCACAAUGGAAUCCCCUCCAACCCUUCCAGUAGUGCUCUUGAUAAUGGCAGGCCAGGCGAAGAACAAAAAUGUCCGCCAAAACAACAAAACGGUCACAACGAUCAACCAGAAGUAUCUAAACUGCAACCUUCUGUCUUUAAAGAACCACCCCAGAGACCUGGUAAUGCCCCGAGAAGACCUCCCCCACCAAAGAAGGGCGCUGAGCAUGCCAGCACCACAGAAACCAAAGUGCCGCAGAAGGACGGGCUGGAGGCCAAGCCUGCCGCCCCACCUCAGAGCAGGCCUCCUCCACCCAAACCAAAGGCUGUUGCACUUCCCGCCUCCAAAGAUAAAGAGAAGGAAGAGACAAAGCUCAAAGUCCCUGUGCCACCAAAGCCCCUCUUCAAAGGCGAAAAACCAGGGCCUCCGCGAGAUAAGCUCCCACCUCUUGUUAAAGACCCGCCGAAAGAGGGGCUCUUCCUAGCAGUAGCAGACUUUGAAGGAGAUGAUCAGACCCCCGGCUUUAAAGAGGGCACUGUGUUUGAGGUGAUGGAGAAGAGCAGCACUGGAUGGUGGUUUUGUAAAAACAUAAGUGGCGGGUCAAUGGCGGAGGGCUGGAUCCCUUCUAAUUACUUGACCAAGAAACACUAGGUACUCAUAACCCUUUUUCAACACACUCUGUAUCUGUUUAAUUAGUCUGUUAUUUAUGGGUACCUUUCAGUUGAAGUCUCCUUUUACAUUCCAUUAUUUUGCAAGUUCAAACAGGUCAAUAUUAUUUGUUUGCGCUUGCUGGCUUCUACUGCCCCCUUGGGGACAUGGGUGGAGUUUAUAUGGCACCGAGACACUUCUUUGGAAGAAAACAAUGAAUGUCUCACAUUUCUAACCUAUCGUUUUAUGCAUGUUAACCAAGCCGAUACUAUUUUUUUUAUAUGCAUCACUAGUGUUAUAAGAGACUAGCAGUGUAUAAAUGAUUUUGCAGUCUCAGUAAUGUGCCUCAUUAUAAUGUUCUCCACAUCUAUCUACAGUAUAUACACACAAGUGAACGUUGCUUCGAUCAAAGGAAACGUCGUUGUACUCAAAAAGCAAAUGACAAACUUGUUUCAGCCUCGAGAUCAUGAGUUGCCAAAUUGGGCUGAAUCCUGCCUUGAAGGCCACUGAGCUCAUGCUAGCUUUGCUCUGGUCUUUCAAAGGGAGAAAUUAGCCUCUAGUGUUUAAGUUCAGAAAUGCUCAUUCAGGAAAUAUUUUGUAAAGUGGUUUUGAAAUGCUAAUGCCCAGCGGCGUUCUGUACUGCCUUUUUACGCCUUGUCUUGUUUAUUUAGCCCCACUUUUAUUAAAGGCAAGUUUGGGUUUUUGCGACACUUUUUAGAAAUGACAGUCACAGAUUUCUUUUCUGUGCCACUGAGGAGAAAACGGAGACCAGACCGAAAACGAAGAUGAUGCAAAGUGAAAGGAGAGGAAAAACGGGAUGUAGCGGUUUCGGUACAAAUCAUUCAAAUAAAGGCGUUGGACACUAUACCUCAGCCCAGCUACACUGCUGUCGGUGUAUUAGCGCGUCACGUUCAUGACACUGAAGUGCGUAGAUGCAGUAUUUUACGAUCCAUGUUUAACAUUCAUGCUUGACUGGUUUCAAGUAAACUUUUGAAUAGGUGUUUUGUUCCUCGUUAACACUCAUCUGAAAUUUUGUGCAAGUUGUUUAGAAGUGUGUCCUUUUGUGUUUUUGCUAGUAUUGUUUGGGAAAGGGCGGGUGUUUGCCCAGCCGUAGGUGCCCAGGAGACUCUGCACACCUGCUGUUCACAGCGCACUUCAAAACCAGGUGUUCUGUUGUGAUCUUAAUGUAAUGAUCUUAACCCAAGUCUACAUGCAGUCCAAUUCAUUUUCAGCUGCAAUAUCAAAUGUGAAAGGAGUCAGGUUACAUGGCAUUUUUGACACAACGGAUACCUUUCCUCUCAGAAGAAUUAAGUUAGAAAAGGAACAAACGCGACCCUUCUGGUAAGACGGGAACGGAGACCAGACUGCACACUUACACUCACAUGUCUGUAAUCUGUAUGCUUCUUUGUUGAUGGUUUUAUUUCUUAAAUCCCAAAUAAACAUUUCAGAUUAUC